UGCAGUCUGCGGUCUGUUUGCAGGAAUCCAUAUCUGACACCUUCUCAAUCUGCCUGAUUUGUGGCGCAGAGAGCUGUGAGUGCAAGUUGUCGUGAAAUGGGUUUUUAUGGUUCAUCAGAUAUUCUUUUUUUUCGUAUACACUGAUAACAUGCAACGCUGCUGGAUUGUAACUUUGUAACCGGGUUGUCGGACCGGCUUUAGGCGUUGGCCGAAACCCGCUUGAUCUAAAAAGAAGAAAAGGCUACAGCGAAGAAGAAGAAGAAGAAGAAGAAGAAGAAGAAGAAGAAGAAGAAGAGACAAGAGGAAAUAGUGGUGAAUAGAAGGAUGCGACUGCGAGACAACAAAUGAUUCACGCGUGUCACCUCGUGUAAUUUCAUUUCCCCUGUAGGUAAUUAAACCCAAAUAUAAUUCGGCUUGGAUAGUUGUUAAUAUAAUUUGGUAUCAACCCCCUCACACACCCGAUCGCUGCUUUUCCGCCUGAAGAAGAAUAGACCCCAAGCUUUUGUCCUCUGCUGAUUUAAAAACACCAAGAGGAACACACUGGGAUAGCCUAUAUAGUCUACAACCGGAUUGAAAAUGUAGGCAAGGCAAGAUGAUAUGAGGUUGGACCCUUCUGAUUCUAAUGUGGGUGCUUCACAGGUCGUGGCUUUCUGCCUCUAUUGGCUCUAUCCAUGAGAAAGAAUGCUUCCCUAUUGGCUGGAUUGAGGUGCACAUGCUAUAACAACAGGAUAUGCAAAGAGCUAUGGGCUGAUCUAAUAGCCUAUCAUGUUUCCCGCAUGCUUUUUUGACCGAAAUCUGUAUUUUCCUUCAUUGGAUGCCAACUACUUGAAUCAAAAUGGUUUGGAUUCCAUAAUAAUAAUAAUAACAUUCAUAAUAAUUAAUAAUGGACCUGCCACAGUCAAGCUGAAGGCUGUUUUAUCUCACAAAGCAGUUGUGCCUGUGUAGUAAAGCUGCUGAAGAAUGUUUAAGUAUCGGAUCCGUAUGUUUUUCAAUGAACUCAAAGUGUUGUUACUGAUGCGCUCUGGAUCAAGCAGGAGGACUGACACGGGCACAGACCCGGACACGCAGACCAGGAUGCGAGGGCUCGCUAUAGGAGGCUGUGGUUGGCCGCCGUUGAACUGCUCUCACCGGGACGAUGAGGAGGAAUAUUAUGGCUCUGACACCCGGCCACGCAGCCUGGCAUUGGAGGAUACAGAAGAAGAGAAACCCGAGGGAGGAGGCCUGGACGCCGCUUCCCUCCCGAGUCUCUCAGAGAGCGGGAUGCGAUCACCGCAGUGCCGGAUCUGCUUCCAGGGGCCGGAGAAGGGGGAGUUGUUGAGCCCUUGUCGCUGUGCUGGCUCUGUGCGCUGUACUCACCAGUCCUGCCUUAUCCGCUGGAUCAGUGAGAGAGGCUCCUGGAGCUGCGAGAUCUGCUACUUCAAGUACCAGGUUCUGGCCAUCAGCACCAAGAACCCACUGCAGUGGCAGGCCAUCUCUCUGACUGUGAUUGAAAAGGUGCAGAUUGCAGCCAUUAUCCUGGGCUCUAUGUUCCUGAUCGCCAGUAUCUCCUGGUUGGUGUGGUCCUCUCUCAGCCCUUCAGCCAAAUGGCAGCGGCAGGAUCUUCUCUUCCAGAUAUGCUAUGGCAUGUACGGCUUCAUGGAUAUAGUUUGUAUAGGCCUUAUAAUCCAUGAAGGAUCGUCUGUUUACCGGAUCUUUAAGCGCUGGCAAGCGGUGAACCAGCAGUGGAAAGUGCUGAAUUAUGAGAAAGCAAAGGACUUAGGGGACCCCAUCAGCUCCAGCAUUAAAGGUUGUGUUGAGAGGAACUCAGACAGCGGACGGAGGGCGAGUCGACCUGUCAGGACUAUUCUUAACCACCACUGUGGCUAUACCAUUUUGCACAUCCUCAGCCAGUUAAGACCAAACAGCCUGCGCAGAGCCAACCAUGAGGUGGUCAUGAGGGUGACCACUGUAUGAGGCUGGGCUAUACAAACAAAAGUGCUACGAUGUUUAAAGAGGAGAUCAAAGUGUUGAAUGGGAUUUUAUUAAAGAAUCCUGAUCUGCCACAUAAACACUGCCGUUAACUUUUAGGCUCGCAGAAUCUCCCUGAGCUCAAAGUGGACAGCAAUAAAUAUUUCUGCGAUUUAGGCAAAGGGAGAAUGUUGCAGUUUUAUCCAGUUGCAGUUUUUAAACUGCAAAAGCAAGACUAUUGAGAAAAAAUGUAUACAUUUAAAAACUAAAAAAGCUUUGAUUCUUAAAGCUAUUAGCCAUUUUUACCACCAAUGGUACAAAAUGUCAUUGAAAUGUUUUUGAUUUGUUUUGCUUUCUAAUAAAAUUAAUGUCAAGUUUUAUUUGGAUUUUGCUCUAUAAUAGAUAGUUUGACACAGAAAAUAAUUGGGUCCCUACUCAUGUGACGACCAUAACAAUGGCCCCAGUCCCCUCAUUUUUUAAUGUAUUCCUGAAGGUCUGCCAUGAUCUGAUGAUGUUUUUUUCACUCAAAGCAGCAUUGAUGAAUCAGACAUUAAAAAGCCAAAUGCAAAUUUGAGACACAUUAAAAUUGCUUAAAAUAUACAUUAAAGUACAAUUCAUGUUUUUA